AUGGUCGUCAUCUUCUUCAUUUUGCCCGCUAGGAGUCAGGUCCUCGCCGGGUGAGCCAUGAAGAUGGUCAUAUUUGACACAAGCGUUAAAACUACAUUUACUGUUAAUCAGGAGCCGUUACUAAUGGGGGUAUCCUUUCUGAAUUAGGAACUUUGGAAAACUUUUUCUGUCACUUUUGAAGAGAAAUCAAAUCAGUUCCCUUUUUAUGUUUAUGAGGGGACGCAAAUCGUCUGUGCUGGAAAACAUUUUGUUGUCUAAGUUGGGACUUUUUGCCAGGCUUUUUGACUUUCGAUGUGACAGAUAAUUGGACUGUUUUCUUUUCAAAUCAAGUUUUAAGACGGCUAUCAUUUUUAUCAAGAAUAAUGAAGUUUGCGUCUCAUGAGGCAAGGCAAGGUAAGACUGAGAUAUAAAUAAGAAUUUCGAAACAUUUUCCAGAGAGCUGUUGUCGUAUCCAUCUCACACCUUUUACCGUUCUUCGUUUUCAGACUUCUGAUAAAAACGACGUGCCUGUCAAUAAAAAGCAUAUCUGCUUAAAAAGGAAAAUGAUGAUUCAUGCAAAAUCAGUUCAGUUUCAAUAACAUUUGUUUGUAGAGAGGAAAAGAAAAUUUUAAGCAUUCCCAAGUUCACUUUCUUUUUUUCUGCAGAAGCUGUUCAUCAUCUCACCAUGAAUGAUAGCCAUCCAGACAAACAUCUCAGUAGUGCAGCGUCCAUCUGUUUAUCAGUGUGGUUUUCCUUGUCAAGCUUUGUAGCUGUAACUGGAAACGCAAUCGUGUUGUGGCUGUUCUUCAAAAACGAGUCUUUACGAACAAUUUCCAACUGCUUUUUAGCUUCACUGUCCGUUGCAGACUUUUCAGUUGGGAUUUUUGUAGACCCUAUGUGGCUCGCUACCAGAUGUUGGAUUCAGCCGCCGCUUCACUCCUUGAUGAUGGAGGUUAUAAUAGUAUUGUGGAUUCACACAUCCGCCGCCACUACUUUUAACAUUUGCUGUGUUUCUGUCGACCGGUUUAUUGCCAUUCGGUUUCCUUUCCGUUAUCAGGACAUAGUAACCAAGAAAAGAUGUUAUGCGGUCAUCAUUUUGGUUUGGUUUAGUUCACUGGGGCUUACUUUUUUAACAUUUUUCCUAGAUCGUUCAAAAAAAGCGAUGAUAUUUUAUUUAACAUGCAUUAUCUAUACUACAUCAUUAUUUGUUGUCUCUUUUUGCUAUGCUAGUAUUUUCAAGGCUGCCAGAAAACAGUUCAAACGAAUAAUCGCCCAGCAAAAUCCCCGAAAAUGCGACGAAAAUAUUAGAGUUCUUGCUGUGCACAAUUUUAAAGCUAUCAAAACAGUAGGUUUUGUUUUGGGUGCUUGUAUAUUCACGUGGAUGCCCAGUUUAGUUCUGAUUAUAGUUGGCUGUUAUCACAUCCUAACAAAAGACGAAAGUGAAAUGCUUGAAUUGUUUCUUGUUGCAUGGCCCUGGGUUGACGCAAUCGCUUUUACAUCGUCAGCGAUUAACCCACUGAUAUAUUUUUUCCGAAAUGGCGACUUUCGUCGAGCCUGUCGUCGUGCGUUCCAAUGGCUUCCCUGUCUUCAUUCGGAUAUUUCACCAGAAAUUGGUUUUACAUCGGAAAGAAACCAAAAUGACCGAAUAACACGAAAUAGUGAGACGAAUGGCAACUUGGCAAGUCAAGAAAAAAGGGAAUGA